GAACAAGACAACAUUGAGUUGAUUACCAGCGGCACUGUGGUUAAAGACAAAUACGAAAGCGUUGAGCAAAAUGAUUGCAAGCACUACAACGUCUGGAUAUGUGGUUGUACUUCUUUUGCUCUAGUAAAACAAAUAUCACUGAAAGUAGCCAUGAAUAUGACCACCUUCAGUACCAAAGAACUGGCUAUGACCCGGGAACCUAUCAAGUCCAAGCUGGAAGAUGAGUUAAAGCCAAGAUCCAAACUGCUAAGCUUUUAUAAGGUUAGUGAAAGCAUAACGAACAAAAUUCAAGAAACUUACCUCAAGAUCAGCAUUUUCAGAUGA